AUGCAAUUACAACUACUAAUUCUCAAAGUUGGUGAUGAAUUUCCAAUAGUAGAAAGUUUUAAAGAAGCUGCACAACAAGGUGCCAAAAUGGCAAGUUUUGCUUAUAGUAUAUUAUUGUCAAAAAUGUCAA